GAAACAGUGGAUGAUGAGUAGCCCCGCCAUUCGACGCAUUUCAGAAUGCUUUGUGAAGCCUCGAUCCUCCAACCAAAUCUGCAAUUUAACUCCUUGGGAUAUUGCUAUGUUGUAUACAAACUAUAUCAAGGAGUGUCUUCUCUUCAAGAAACCUGCGACCCUUAUUGAUGAACAUCAUUUCAAACAAAAUCUGUUGGAGAAGCUCAAACACUCUCUUUCUCUUACCCUCUCCCAUUUUUAUCCUUUGUCCGGUCGCCUAGUCACCCACAAAACCCAAAACCCUCCCUCUUAUACUGUUUCUAUUGAUUGCAACAACAGUGAUGGAGCUAGAUUCAUUCAUGCAACUCUGAAUAUGACUAUAGCUGAUAUCCUCUCCCCCUUUGACGUCCCACCCAUUUUUCAAUCGUUCUUUGACCACCCCAAAGCACUCAACCAUGACCAUCACACCAUGCCGCUGUUGUCCAUCCAAGUCACUGAACUAGUGGACGGUGUUAUCAUAGGUUGUUCCAUGAAUCACGCUGUUGCUGAUGGCACUUCGUAUUGGAAUUUCUUCAAUACGUGGUCUCAGAUCUUUCAAGCACAAUCUCAAUCUGAAAACCAUGAAUACGAUGUUCCCAUCUCACGCCAACCCAUUCACAAUCGUUGGUUUCCAAAUAAUUGUAGACCACCGAUCUCUCUUCCUUACAAACAGCAUGACGAGUUUAUAGAGAGAUCUGAAAGACCCCUCCUGAGGUGUAGAUAUUUCCACUUUUCAGCAGAGUCUAUUUCGAAACUGAAAGCAAAGGCCAACUCAGAAUCCAAUACCACAGUAAUCUCUUCCCUCCAGUCAUUAUCAGCACUCGUUUGGAGAUCCAUAACUCGUGCGCGCUCCCCACCUUCUGACCAGAAAACAACUUUCAGAUUAGCCGCAGAUUGUCGAUCAAGAAUGAAGCCGCCUUUGGCAGAAGAAUACUUUGGAAACUGCCUUCAUGUAGCGAGUGCAGAAGCGACAACAAAGGAAUUACUUGAGAAUGGUAUAGGAUGGGCAGCAUGGAAGUUGCAUGUGGCUGUUACAGACCUUAACGAUAGAGUGGUGCUAGAAUUUCUGGAAGGGUGGUUAGAUUCUCCUUUCAUAAUUCAAAUGGGUCGUUACUUUGACCCGUACAGCUCGUUGAUGGUUGGUUCGCCCAGGUUCAAUAUGUAUGGAUGUGAAUUUGGAAUGGGGAAAGCGGUGGCUGCUAGAAGUGGUUCUGCAAACAAACUUGAUGGGAAGGUGUCGUCAUACCCAGGGCGUGAAGGAGGAGGAAGCAUUGAUUUGGAAGUUUGCCUUUCGCCACACACAAUGAGUGCUUUGGAAUCAGACGAAGAGUUCAUGAAUGCAGUUACUGAGUUUGAUUCCCUGUUGUUCUAGUUUCCUAAUACGCCUAUUAUGUUCACCACCUUCACUUGUUGAUUCAAUUAGUAAUCAAAUAAAGACAAUUGAAAUAAA